CUGAGAGGCAGGGGGGUGGAGGAAGCGGAGCUCUGAGGGACGGAGGAGAGGAUGGAGGACAGUUAGUAGGACAGGCGUUCCAUGAGCAGCGGGGAGAGAAAGAGACGGAAAGUAAAGGCAGAAAGAGCUGAACGGGAUUUCAGAAGGCAACCGUAGGUGAGAAGGAGCGAAAGGGAAGUAAGAGAGAAACACAAGCGACAAUUGACCCAUCACCAUGACAACAGAAGCGGGCUCUGAGACAGAGGUGAAGGAGAAAGCAGAGGAGUCACCUGCUCAGCCGGACCAAUCGGAGACGGCCAAGGAAGAGAGCCAGGAAAUAGCAAACGUUGAGGGAGAGGAGAAGGAAAAGGGGAAAGAGAAGGAAAAAGAGGGCAAAGAAGGCAAAGGGAUAACUCGAUACUUGCCAACAUGGUUUAAGAAGCAGAAAUCUCAAAGCCAGACAUCUCCAACAAAGGAGGUCCCAGCAACAGAGGAACCCGUCAGCAAGGGGGUAGAGGGAGAGGAGGAGCCUGCCCCGGAGGUGAACGGCCACGCCGAGGAAGUGGAAGAGAAAGAGGAAGUGAAGUCAGAGGAAGUCAAGGAAGCAACACAGCCUGAAUCUAAUUCCAACGUCAGUGCAGACACUGAGCCGCUGGCAAAGGAAGAGAAGGUGGAAGACACCACUUCAAAAAGUCCGGAGAAAACCAAAGAGACUGCAGACGGAGAAGGAGCAGAGGAGGAGGAGAAGAAGAAGGAGCCAGAAGGACACGUAGAGGCUGAAACAGACGGAGGAGAAAACCAGACUUCGAUUUUCCAGUCUCCUCUUCGCCUGGUGAGGAAGAACAAAAUGAAGGUGGUGGUGUGUCACGUUACCCUCCUGGAUGGGACUGACUUCACCUGCGAGGUGGAGCAGAAACGAGCUAAGGGGCAGUACUUGUUCUUCAAGGUGUGUGAGCACCUAAAUCUGUUGGAGAAGGACUACUUUGGCCUGAUGUACAAGGACAACCAUGAUGAGAAGUGUUGGUUGGACCCCACAAAGGAGAUUAAGAGACAAAUUCGCAGUAACAACUGGCAGUUUGCAUUCGGUGUCAAGUUUUACCCUCCUGACCCAUCACAGCUUACUGAGGACAUCACAAGGUACCUUUUGUGUCUGCAGCUGCGGGAGGAUGUUGCUUCUGGACGGCUGCCUUGCUCAUUCGUCACUCACGCUCUGCUGGGGUCAUACACAUUGCAGGCCGAAUUAGGCGACCAUGAACCCGACCAACCUCGCCCUUUGGACUUCAUCAGUCAGCUGACGUUUGCGCCCAAUCAGAACAAAGAGAUGGAGGAGAAGAUUCUUGAACUCCACAAAUCCCACAGGGGAAUGACACCAGCACAGGCAGACCUCCAGUUUCUAGAAAAUGCCAAGAAGCUCUCCAUGUACGGAGUGGAUCUGCACCACGCCAAGGAUUCAGAAGCAGUGGACAUCAUGCUGGGUGUGUGCGCCAACGGACUCUUGGUGUACAAAGACAGGCUUCGGAUAAAUCGAUUUGCUUGGCCCAAAAUACUCAAGAUAUCGUACAAGAGGAACAACUUCUACAUCAAGAUCAGACCAGGAGAGACGGAGCAGUUUGAGAGCACCGUGGGAUUCAAGCUCCAGAAUCAUCGAUCUGCUAAAAGGCUGUGGAAGGUCUGCGUAGAAAACCACAGCUUCUUCAGGUUAAACGCGCCGGAGCCUCCUACCAAGGCCCGCUUUCUGACGCUGGGAUCCAAGUUCCGCUACAGCGGGCGAACGCAGGCCCAGACCCGGCUGGCCAGUUCCCUCAUAGACCGACCCGCACCCAGCUUCGAACGCACCUCCUCGAAACGCAUCAGCCGCAGCCUGGACGGAGCACCGGUGAUCAGCAUAACUGAGGCUGGAAGUGAGACAGCGGAGAACGGACGGGAUCACCGUCUAGAGCUCCACUCUGACUCCAAGGCUGAGGAGGUGGACUUGAGCCCUGCCGAUGUGGAAGCCAUGCCCUCCCAGCAACAGUCACCUGGACGUGCUGAGCCUGCCUCCUCUCAGGACCUCGAUAAGACCCAAGACGAGGUUCUGAAACACCAGGCUAGCAUUAGCCAGCUCAAGCGCUCCUUUAUGGAGGCGCCUCCUCCCUCUCCUCCCCAGCCCAACCAGUGGGAGAAACGUCUCACCUCCUCUCCUGCUACGAUACGCGUCCAGCAGCAACAAGUGGUCAGUGUGCCGCAAACCGAAGCAGCUUCAGCUGAUAACACGAGCUCUGAAACCAAAGAACCUGCAAAGACCACCGAAGUUGAAAUCGAGGAAACUGUUGUCAUCCAAGAAGUUUCCAGAGCGCCCAAACCUGUGGUCGUCACGGUUACGGCUGACCCCCCUGCCGCCUCGCCCACUGAGCACGAACCUCAGGACCAGAAAGUGAAGGUCGAAGAGGAAGCGGUGGUGGUGGAGGAAGUAAGCCCCGCGAAGCCGGAGAAGGCGUCCUCUGACAGCGAGAGUGAGGAGGAAGCAGAGUACCAUCCAAACGUUCCUGCAUCCAUCUCUCAAUCACAAAUACCAGAGGGGAAGGAAGAAGAAGAGCAGAUGAAGGAGGAGGAAGAGGAGCAGAAGCAAGCGUCUGCUCCGGUUGUUCCAUCUCUUCCAGUGGAGGUCAGCCAGCCUGCAUCUGCUCCGGUUGUUCCAUCUCUUCCAGUGGAGGUCAGCCAGCCUGCAGAAGAAAUGAGUCAAGAAGAAGAAGAAUCUAAGAAGGAGGAGAUGCAGGUUGAGGAGAAGAAAGACGAUCAGGAGGAGAAAGAAAGCGGACGGGAGACGGAGGACAGCACAGAUGAUCCGAUGGUGACCCCCGAAGAGGAGCCGGAGGGCCUCAUGCUGCCCGAGGAGAGCGCAGAGGCCGCCCCCACCGAGGAGCCCGAGCAGCCUAAAAUGAACGGAGAAGCCUCGCUGGUGGAAGUGGAUCCCCGGCCGCAGGUUAUUUGUUGCUCUGAGCCGCCUGUGGUAAAAACAGAAAUGGUGACUAUAUCAGACACGUUUGCUGCCCAGAAAACUGAGAUAGCCACAAAAGAAGUGCCCAUCGUGCACACGGAAACCAAGACCAUCACAUACGAGGCCGCACAGUUGGAUGGUAAUGGUGAUGGUGAACCCGGAGUGUUGAUGACAGCUCAGACAAUCACCUCUGAGUCUUUGUGCACCACCACCACCACGCACAUUACCAAGACAUUAAAAGGCGGGCUCUCGGAGACGAGGAUUGAGAAGCGCAUCGUAAUCACCGGCGACUGCGACAUCGACCACGACCAGGCACUGGCACAGGCCAUUAAGGAGGCCAAAGAGCAACAUCCUGACAUGUCUGUUACCAGAGUGGUUGUUCAUAAAGAAACUGAACUGGCUGAGGAGGAGGAUUGACUGAACUCAGAACUGAAAGACCAGCAGUGACCCUUACCUCUUCUGACAACAUCUUCAUCACUUUACAACAACCAAGCUGCACUGCCAAAGGGAGAGAGGAAGAGGGGGAGCUCAAGAAUAGGAGGAAGAAGAGGUUCAAUCCGGGGCAGAGGGGAUUGAAGAUGUCACUCUCAUCCCAGAUGGUCUUUCAGACAUUUGUUUUGGUGCAUUUCAGUUUCUCGUUGCAAAAAAGAGAAAAAAAAAGCUAUCUUCACUCUCUCUGAGGGAACAAAAAGAACCACUUUGUUAGCUUAACGUUUGUAGCUUCUAUUCUUUUAUAUUAGUGCGUUUUCUUUACCUGGUUUAUAAAAAAAAAAGAGAGACUAUAGUGUUUGUUGCGUGUUGCGAAUAUUACAUUAGGCUUCUGCUGAUCUCCAACACGCCUGACAUUCAAGAAUACUUCAUCUACGUCUCUAUUAUUACAUCAGCAAAACUCUAAAAUGUCCCAAAAUUACGUUAGCAUAAAACGAAGCCAAUGGCUUCAGACUGAAAUAGCCUCAAUCCAUGUCCUUUUGCUCUAAAGAGAGAGGUUAUUUUUUAGUGAAUUCCUUUGAAAAUGAGUUUCAGUAAAUUACAGCUCCUACUGUCCUUUAAAAAGGUGUAAAUGCAAAGAAAAAUAUUUAACUCAUUAAUGCGGUUUGAAGAACAUAGAAAUAAAUCUUUUUUUAAUUUUUUACCUUAUAAAACAAUCAACGCAAGCUAUUUCACAUUAAUGCUUUUUUAUUAUUAUUAUUAUUAAUCACACAAUGGCGGGAGCUGUAAUUUACACAUUGCAGUAAAUCAUCCAGGUUUUUGGAUUUUUUUUUAUUUUAUUAUUUUGAUGUUGUAAAUGUAGCUUAUUCAUCCACAUUCCUUGUGUCGUUGCCAGCUGCUCAGUAAGUUCAUCUUCAGUUCAGCUCUCGUUUCAUUUCACCGACACAAGGUGACGUUUUAUCACUCAUGUUUGCCGUGAAAUUACAUAAGCUUCAAAAGCAGAAUGUGAUGAAUUUCACAAAUCGACACUGAGAUGAAGUUGAACUGAAAAUUAGCAGAUUUCAACGCUGGUCGAUGCAUCUCUUGUACGGAAAAGAAGACGGAAGAAAAAUGAAGGUUAUAAAAAAAAAAAUAAUAAUAAGAGCAGCUUUUCAGUAGCUUAGCGCCUCUUUGGGUUCAUCUACUGUACAACACUAACCAUUCCUGCUGGGCCCCAGGGGAACAUGGGAGAUUAAACUGACAUUUUAAUGGGAGAGACGACUGGUAAACUGGACGAUUAUUGGGAGAGUGCCAACCGAUACCUCGGGAGUGAAAACCAAUUGAAGUGGUGAUACAAGUUGGCCUUACUCUGUGCCGGUUCCAGUGCGGAGACGCUUUAUUUUCAGAGAAUAUCUCCAUGCAAAAUUUCAUUUCGUUUAAAUUAUUCAAAGCGAGCCGCGGAGCAGCGAAGGUACCAAAACGAAGACGACUUGAAACCAGUUCUGUCCCAGAUUCAAACUAGUGCAACUUUUACACGUUCGCUGUAACUACAAACCUGCUUAUUGUCGUAGUUCUUCACUGUUCACGCCCCGGUUGCUUUUCAUAUCCUUUUCAUAUCCUGCUACACGUAACACUAAGAAAAAAGCCUGUUAAAAGACGAUAAAGCAUAUGGGAUUGAAUCACGCCUGCUUCACCCUUUCUUUUCUGUCAACUUCAGCCAGCUUAGAACAGGCUGACUGGUGUCUGUGACUGGUUUAGGUUCAGAUUAUCUCAACUGAAAUAAUCUGACUUCAUCAUGCUGCUGGAUGUGUUGUAGCUGGUUUAGUGCAACCAAACGUUCUGCUCUAUUCAAGCGUGUUUUCGAGCGGUUCCCAUUGCACAAAAUACUAGAGGGGUAAAACGGUCGGUACAACAUCAGAACGCAGCUUAAAGAGGGAGGAAGUUACAGGGCCUGAAGUGCUCUUUAAACCCACAAUGAAUUUCUAUGUUGUCUUUUUCAAAUUUUUGUAGAAUGACACCAAAUUACACCGUUUUUAUUCUGAGAACCUUGAAGAAAAGGCUUUGUUGUUCAAACGGACUCCUCUGAGAAAACAUGUUCCACUUCUCUUUAAUUGGACCUUUGUAAAACGAUGUUUCAAGUAAUACCGCUUUUUAUAAACAUCCAGUCUGAAAAGCAUAACAUGUCCAGUGGACUGCGAGGCUAAAGAAAGAGAAAAAAGAAAAAAAACAACUUUCUGAACACAGGUCUUACUUCAACUAUGCAGCUAAAUAACAUUCCACGCGGGGAGGGAGCUUUGACUUCUAAUCCUCUUGCAAAACAGAAGGAAAAAAUAAAUGUGAAAAAAACAAACAAAUCAAAGCACUCAUCUCUAGGCAGCUUUGGAAGUGGCCGCUGCUCCACAUAGGAAAAUCUCAUUAAAUAAAUCUGUAAUGCCACAUCAGCUGAAUCUAUAGAGUCUUCUCAUGGUUCGUCUUUUCUCUGUGAAACUGGUCUAGUAGUUGGGAGGGUGGGGUCUGUCGCUCCACCUUCCUGCUUAUUUGUAAUAUUGUCACUGUGUAUUUUGUUGGUGAAGAACAACCACUACAGAUCAACUUGUUUUGCCACCUUUUCUCUGCUUCUGGUUCAGGGCUUUUCUCUUUGAACCCACCGCAGGAGGUUUAGGGGGAGGCGAGGUUGACUUUUCCAAAAAUGUUUGUGGCUUUAAUAAAAAAAAAAGAUCCGAAUUUCAAUCUUUUAUUCAGAUUACGAAGCUGAUGAUCAUUACCAGCUGAUUUUAAAUUUGUCAUGGAUUUUAACUGAAUUGUCUUUAUAAUCAGAUUGUCAUUGGAGAAAUUGUAUUCUCAGGCUUUAUUCCCCACAAUAACGGCACAUUUUUUUUGUAUCUCAUCUAACAAGAAAUAAAUCUUAACACGUUUAUGAAGACGGACAUUUUGAAGAGAUUAACUAGCCACCUCUUUGCUUCCUGCUACCAACACAUCACUGGUAGGUUGUUUAGUCUAGCUGCAUAAUCGUGUUGUCUCCUCACACGCAGCCACUCCUCGCCCCUGUGUAACACUGUUCAAAUAAACAAUUGUUAUACUCUGAAA